AUGGAUGAAGCUGCCUUCCGAAGAGGCAUGAAAAGGAGGCAAAUCAUUUCCGAACUCCUGUCCACCGAAGAAAGCUAUAUUGCUGACUUGAAAGCUCUCAUCUAUCUUUAUUCCACCCUACUCGCAACCACCAUGACGGCGUCAAGUCGAAUUCGGGCGUCUAUUCUGCGAAACGUCCACGACCUUCUUCAUAUGCACGAAAGGCUGCUGGAACGACUGCAUCAAGCUGCCUUUGAAGCAGCAGCGCGCAAAUGGGCAGAUACAACUUCAUGCCGACAUCUUGGAUCCCCACGUCAGCACAAGCGCUGGCGAAGCUUGGAGUUGAAUGUCGCCGGUAAGUUCAGCCGGAGUCAGCGGCAAACACGCAGCUCGGUGGACUCAUGCGAUAUGGCUCACAGCCGAGUGUAUCUAGUUUGUGCCGAUCCUAGAGAUGUUUCUGACGUGGCGGCGAUAUUCAAAGACUUCUUGAACGACUUCCUCGUCUAUGAGGAAUAUUGUGCCAACCAUAGUCUUAUCGCCCACGAACUCCAGAGGCACGCACCAAACCUGUGGUCAGCCUACGAAUCAGGGAUCGAGUCGCUCGCCAGGUCACUGGUCGCUCUUAAUCGCAAGCACCAGCAUGAGAGGAAAGGACUUACAGUCGGCGAUCUCUUGAUCAAGCCUAUACAGCGUAUGACCAGAUAUCCUUUGCUAUUCGACGACCUUCUCAAACAAACACCUGUCGCCGACUGCCCAAGUGCUCACAUUGAGUUGGAGGCAACACUGCAAUGUUUACGGGAAGUUGUGCAAACCGCCAACCACGCCACGGACAAUCGUGAAACUCGAGUCCAGGUUCAACGACGGUGGUCGCUUCAGUCAAGACUGAGCUAUGAGAAGGUGUCCUUGAAGGCGGAGCAUUUUCGCAUGCUGGGUAACAUCCAACUGUGCGGUGUACUGCAUGUGACGUGGCAAACAAGGAGCAAAGUUGAUGGAUGCUACGCUGCCUGCAUAUUAUUCGAGAGAAGCUUGGUGGUUGCAUUUCCCGCGGAGGCCAGUUCUCGUUUCGAGGUGGUGGCGUUCAUCCAUUUGGCAGGUCUCAAGGUGGAAUCUCCCAGCGACGGACGAGGUCUUCAAUGCCACUCAGCCUUGCACACCUGGAAAGUCUGCUUUGAAGUCAACGGUCACCUUCACGAGUUUAUCCUGAGCGCAUGCUCUGCAGCAGAAGAAGAAGUGUGGAAGGACGGUAUGCAAGGCAAAGGUUCUGGGGUCCGGCGAACACAGGAAUUGUCGACAGACACUCCAUCUUGCAUCGGUCUUGAUCUCAAAUCUACUGGAACGGUAUACGGCCCGCAGAGUUCAACUCUCUCUCGGCAUCCUUCGGUGCAAAGAGCAGCAACCGUCGGGAAUCGUUCCAAUAUUUGUCAGGUAAUUGUACGCAACACGCACAAUCUGCACGACUUGCAUGAGUUUCGGCAGGCACCAUCCUCGUCAAUGAAUAGAUCACAGUCCCACAUGGCUUCCAACCGAAUUGUGGUAUUGUCGCCGAAACGGUCAGAACGCGCGCGACUCGAGUCGGCACUGAGUGAUGUAUGGACCAAGGACAAGCUCGCAUUCCCCGGAAUGAUUGGGUCUCGAGGCGGUCAGAUCAUCCGAGCUUCAGCAGGGACAUUGGUGCGAAAGUUGAGUCUGGCAUCGAUUCACGCUCCAUUCUCGAGACGCUCGGGGAGCGUGUCACUGGCCAGUCGAAAAUCAUAUGAUGGAUUCCCGGAAAGCCGACGCAACCGGAUCAAGCAUCCAGCACCGGUCUUCGAGGUACGCAAGGAAAGUUUGGAUGAGUUAACACCAGCUAGGAAAAAGUCACACGACCUACCGGAACUUGAUACGAUGGACAGCGUGAUCAGUCGUAUGAUUGGAAAUCAUGGCACGAAGCGGUUGUCGUUGUCUCACGCCGACCAUGGCCUUGUGAGGAAAGUGACCAAGAGCAAAAGGACCGGCCAGGAUGCUGGAAUCGGAGUGGGUCCCGAAGACCCAGCGGAAGUCUUCUACAGUGAAGAGAAGGGAAUGACGGAAAAGGAAGAAGUUGUAGAGGAUGGAUUGGCCGGUCGUAAGAAGCGAUGGAGCAAUCCGCUUGGAAUAUUGAGAGGGUUGUCGGCGGAAGGAUUUCGACACAUGUUGUAUUCUAGUAAAUAG